AUGGAAUUUGUUACACUGUCUCAAGAAGGCCAGGAGAAGCAAAACCAGGGUGGUGAAGAAAACACAAAGAGAAUGUAUGCUCUUGGUCCUGAUGAAAAGGAGCAUUGUCCUGUGCAGGCCUUGAAACUAUAUCUGUCUAAGUGUGAUCCAAAUGCUGAGAAACUGUUCUGUCAGCAUAAACCUAUCAUUCCUCCUGAACACAUGAUCAAAAUACAUAACUAUCUCACUACAACUUCUAAUCCAAUAACAUUACGGUAUAGAAUCUGGUUCAUCUUGAGUGUUCAGUAUGUCAGCAGAGGGCUUGAAUUCCAUCCGCAGCUAAACAAGAACAGCCUAAAAGUUUGUACUGAUGAAAAUGGGAUGGAAUUUGUUACACUGUCUCAAGAAGGCCAGGAGAAGCAAAACCAGGGUGGUGAAGAAAACACAAAGAGAAUGUAUGCUCUUGGUCCUGAUGAAAAGGAGCAUUGUCCUGUGCAGGCCUUGAAACUAUAUCUGUCUAAGUGUGAUCCAAAUGCUGAGAAACUGUUCUGUCAGGAGAAGUCGAAUACACACAGUAAAACAGUUCAGACAUUUAUCUCAAGAGAAAGCACAAAAGGUAAACCAUAUUCCGGCAAGUUAAGAGAAAUAUAUUAUUAUCUUUUGUCUUUAAAUGUUGGUGUUAGAAAUAUAGGUCCUGUCAUUAAAAAAGUUUUGACACUUGUUGAUUGGGAGGUAAGUGGCUUACCAAGUGUUAAAACAGUAUGCAAUUUUAAUACAGAAUUAGGUGUUUUAGCUAAAAAGCAAGUGAAUGAAAAACUUAAAAGUUCUGAUAAUUUAACAGUACACAGAGAUGCUACUACAAAAAAGGGUAAACAUUAUUAUGGAAUGGAGAUUUCAACUGAAACAGAAACACUUACUGCUGGUAUUAAAGAAGUGCAUAAUGGGAAAGCAGAAACAUAUGUAUCAACAAUUGAUGAAAUCAUGAAUGACAUUUCUUUCUGUUCUGAUGAAAAUUCUGAUCAUUAUUUUUACAAUAACGUUAGAAACUGUAUGACAGACAGAUGUGCAACUGAAGGAAAAGUGAACAAUUUAAUGAAAGAAAAAAUGUCAAAUGAUCUAAAUGAGUUCAAAUGCACUACACAUCCUAUUUUGCAGUUUUCGGAAAUAUGUGAAAAAGAAAUCCAGAAUAUUGAGAAAGAAAACAAAUUUGAAUUUGAUAUUGACAGUCAGUGUUCUUUUAAUAACAUUUUAAAGAGUGUAUCAAAAUUAUUUUUCAAAGAUGGAUCUGGUGACCCUCUGUUAGCCCUUAAUUACUUGAAAUCCAAAGGCAUAAAGACAUUACCUUUAAUCAAUUUUAGAGGAAAUAGAUUUAACACAUCAUUUUACAACUCUGCAGGGGUAUACUACAUUAAAGAUCUCUUACUAGACUAUUUAAGAGAUUCUAAAUCAUCUUUAAAUUACAUUCAGACAACAAUUGUUAAAUGUUUAAACAACAAAUGUUUUCUUUCCAUUUUACGUGCUAUGGGCAUUUUGGAUAAAAUUGUCACUGAACCUUAUUUUUCAUUUACAACCAACACAGACAACAACAUUUUGGAAAUGACUGGAGUUUGUAGCCGUUUAUUACAGAUUCUUAACACAGGUACACAUCAACCAGACCUGUUAUUAAAUAGAAGGGUUAGUCUUUUCUUUGGUCCAGAAGUUGAAAGGGUGGAUGCUGUAUCAACAUGUCUUUUCAAAUCCUCUGAAACUGAUUCGCUGACAUGUAAAGUUUUAAGCAGAUUAUAUCAAGCAUUACAUGAUAAAUGUCAAAGGAUUUUUAAGGAUUACUUACCAGAUGGUAAAAUGUUCUUUCACAGUGAAAAAUUGCUUGAAGAUUCAAAAAGUUGUCCACGUUUAAUGGCAAAAAGUGCUACAAGUGUUCUGUCAUGUGAAAUGGAAUUAACACCAACUGUGCUGCUUCAUGUAUCUUUAAAAGUGUGA